AGUUGUUUGCAUAAACAAAGCGCCAAGGCUGUAUAUAAGUGGUGUGCAGGAGACAGGAGGUGAAUAUAAAUUCCCGGCCAAAUCUUGGAUGCUCUCACGGGCUUCACCAACUCUCACUUGUCCAUGAUCUUGUCCUUGUGCUGAUCAGCACCACCUGCCCACAAAGACUCCUUGAUUACCAGCUCCAUUUCGCGGAAGCAAGGAGCCUACAUCCGUCGUUCGAGAUGAAUGGCUACUCCAGCCUCGGCUCCUCGCCCCCGCCGGUGGCGGUGGCUGUGGUGACCAGCGCCCGGCCCAGGCGAUCGCUGGAGCUGACCCACACCAAGGAGACCAACGCGUGGGAAGGGCUCGCCAUCGGGGCGGUCACCCUGGCGAGGACCUUCUCCACCGGCUCGCAGAGGCUCUGCAGCAGGUCCGGCGACAAGGCCAGGGGCGCCCUGCCGGGCGCUAUGAGGAGGGCCUUCUCCAUGCGGAGGCACCCCGCGGCUCCUGGCAAGGGCGACGGGCACUACUGGAGGAUCCACGACAUGGAAGGGGACAGCGACCACGGCGACGACCACAAUGCGGUGGCCGAGGAGGAGCGCGGCGUGGAGAAGGAGCACGAGGAGAAGAAGGAGGCGCAGCGAGAGGAAGGUCGGCCGAAAGAGGAGGCCAAGACGAAGAAGAAGAGAGGCAACCACAACAUUCUCAAGGCGUGCAAGAAGCUCUUCCGGUUGUGAUGCGAUCGAUCGAGCCGCUUCUGCUGCGACGAAAUGUACUUGCUCUCUGUCUCUUGGUCAAUUGUUGGGGUGUUUUUUUUUUUGCGGGGGGAUUGUUGGGGGUGUUCAUGUCGCAUUUGUUUCGUUCGUUCUCGUUGAGGAGUAAAAACCAGGGUGAGCUCGGCAUGCCGAGCGCUGCGCGCAUGCGUGUUUGUGCACUUUGUGCGCUGAGUGCG